UCCUAGGCUUCCCCAGGUCUUAAGCUCUAGGUGGUGCACAGCGGAAGGGCGCGGGAGGUCUCUAAGCUGGUGCGAUGGGAGAGGGCCGCGGAGACACUUUCGCCGGGGUUAGCACAGACCGCCUGAAGCUAGAGCUGCUGGAGGAGAUCCACAUGAAGGAUGUCGUGCAGCUCUCGAUGCUUGAAAUACGACAUAAGAUAGCAGAGCUGGAGGCCAGCCUCAGUGUUGACCAUGCAGGCAGUGAGUGGAAAUCCCGAUAUGAGACCCAGCUGGAGCUGAAUGACCAAUUGGAAAAGCAAAUCGUGUCUCUGAAAGAGAAAAUGGAAAAGGUCCGUGGAAAUCCUUCAGAUAGACUAGCUUCCAUCCGUGCCUAUGAAAGAAUGCCGGUGGAAUCUUUAAACACGUUACUCAAACAACUCGAAAAAGAAAAGAGGAGUCUUGAAAGUCAAGUGAAAGACUACGCACUUAAACUUGAGCAGGAAUCCAAGGCAUACCACAGGACCAACAACGAGCGCCGUACGUGCAUCACGGAAAUGUCUCAGGUUUCUGGCUUAAAUCACAUUUCUAAAAGACAACAGAUGGAUCCGCUGCCUAGAAUGAAAGACAGUCUGGUGAAAACUGGCAGAUACAAUCCCGUUAAUCAGAAGAUAACGAAUGCCAAGAAAGGACCAGUAAAAAAGAUUUCAAGAUCAAACCAUCUUCCAAAACUCAACCCGUGAUUCCAGAGCUGGGCAGACUUCUAUUUUUCCAUCUUUUCUUCAUCCAGAAUCUUCAGUUUAGGUUGAUGUUCAACAUGUUUCGCAGGGGCAAGAAAUAGAUAAGGAAGAGCAGCUUCUCUGGCUCUUUCAAAAAUCAAUUCGUCUGUCUGCAUAAAAGUCACGUGUCUCCGGUGACUCUAAAUGUCCAA